AUGCACGCGCAGACGAUCGGGGUGAGACCGACGCGAAUCGCGAACGCGCACGCCGCGACGGGGCGCGCGCAGCGCAGGGAAUCCCUCCGCGCGGCGCGCUCGAACGUCGUCGGUGACGCGCGCGCGGUGUUCCAAACCAAUGGAUUCUUUGCGAACGCCGUGACGUCGCGCGCGCGCGAGGUGAAGGCUCGAGCGGGGCGCGGACCGACCGUCAUGGCGGCGAAGGUGGCGGGGUACAUCAAGCUCGCCAUCGCCGCCGGUAAGGCGUCCCCGGCGCCGCCGAUCGGGCCCGCGCUCGGUGCCAAGGGUGUGAACAUUAUGAUGUUCUGCAAGGAGUACAACGCGCGCACGGCUGAUCAAGCCGGUAUGAUCAUCCCGGUUGAGAUCACCGUCUUCGAAGACAAAUCGUUCACCUUCGUCCUCAAGACGCCGCCGGCGUCUGUGUUGUUGUUGAAGGCGGCGGGCGUUGCGAAGGGGGCGGCGGAUCCGCAAAAGCAAGUCGUCGGGCGCGUGACCAAGGAGCAACUCGAGGAAAUCGCCAAGAUCAAGAUGCCGGACCUUAACUGCGUCAAGGUGGAAAGCGCCAUGGCUGUCGUUGCCGGCACUGCGGCGAACAUGGGGAUCAAGAUCGAUGGCUGGCCGGAGGUCGAGGCCGCGUAG